CUCCCCUAUGCUAAUAAGGGGGCGGUCUCUAGAAGAUUCCAGGGCUCGAGCCUCUGUCCAAACCCCUUACAUCUUAGGGAAAUGGGGAUGGCACCCUCUUUUUACCACUACUUGCCAGUGCCCUUGGAUGAUCAAAUGAAGGAGGGUGGCCCUCGAAGGUGCUGGCUGGGGCUGAUGGUGGGCUUGGUCAUGGCGGGCCUGAUAAUCGCCCUGUCCAUUUUCAUGGUCAGAUAUUACAGUGAAGCCUGCCAGAAUGGUCUGGAGCUGGAGAGGCAGUGCCACAAUGUCACCCAGCUCCUGAAGAAGCAGCUGAUCCAAGCCAAGGAGGAGAGCCUGGCGGCCGAGACCCGAGCUGACACCUGUGACCAGACUGUGGUAAGCCACCGGCACCCUAGGGAGGGCUGGGGCCCCACAGGACCCCAGGAGAGGGGAAGCUGGGAAUCUGUCCCUGGUCCCCCACAAUAGGAAGGUCUGGAUUUCCCCACCAGGAUUUAAAGACCAAAUUCUUCCCAGGGCACUGGUGUGAGUGAGUCCUUAA